GUGGCGAUUCGUAUGCGUCCCUUAAACUCCAACGAAAGCGCUCGCCAGCGGGUCUGGAAAGUACUUCCAAAAUACUCAUCGAUUGCACAGACGACACCCGACGGCAAGCCCCUACCGGAGCGUGUCACGGGGCGGACUUUUUUUACGUUCGACAAAGCCUUUUCCGAAAGCUCGACGACCCAGCAAGUCUACGACGAUGUAGCCAAAAACAUUGUCAACUCUGUUGUGACAGGUCUCAACGGUACUAUCUUUGCCUAUGGUCAGACUUCUUCGGGAAAGACGUUUACGAUGCAGGGCUCGGGGACCAUUCAGGAGGGAUCCAACGGUAGCGGCGGUGGAGGUGUUGUGCACAUGGCAGCGCAGGAUAUCUUCAACCGUAUUGAAAACUCUCCUGAUCGCAUCUUUUUAGUUCGCGCGUCCUUUUUGGAGAUUUACAACGAAGAAGUCCGUGAUUUGUUGGCUGAUGAUCCUCAUACGCGAACGUUAGCGGUUCGCGAAGACCCUCGCCGAGGAGUCUUUGUGCAAUCUAACGAAGAAAUUGUGACCGACUUUGAGUCUCUGUUGUCCAUUCUCUUCCGAGGAGAGAAGUCGAGGGCUUUUGCGUCCACGGCCAUGAACGAACGGUCUUCGCGCUCACACACGAUCUUCCGUAUCACGAUUGAAAGUCGCUUGAAGGCUUCUGGCGACAGUGCUGGUGACAAAGAAAACGAUGAUGCGGAUGGCGGUGAUGGUGCCGUUUUGAUAUCGACACUCAAUUUGGUCGACUUGGCCGGUUCAGAGAGUGUCCGGCAUACCGGCGCGACGGGGGAUCGUCAAAAGGAAGGUGGGAUGAUCAAUCAAAGUCUACUGACCCUUUCGCGCGUUAUUGUUGCCUUGGGCACGCCAAACCAAACGCACAUCAACUUUCGGGAUUCCAAGCUCACCCGUAUUCUCCAGCCUUCCCUUUCGGGAAACGCUCGAAUGGCGGUAAUUUGCUGUGCAACUCCAUCGGAGCUUUAUCUGGAAGAAACGCGAUCCACCCUUCAGUUUGCAUCCCGUGCAAAGCUUGUCAAAACAAAUGCACAAGUCAACGAAGUCCUCGACGAUCGUUCCGUGAUUCGCCGUUUACAAAAGGAGCUGGCAGAG